UUAGUGAGACCUCAGGUUAGGUUGGCCACAAACAUUGCCUCAGAGAGACACAUCUAAACAACCGAGACCGUCUAUUAAUGUACACUUUGGAUUUAUUCCCUAUUCCAGUUUACCUUCAUGUGUGCGGAUCUGUCUGCGGCUCUGACAGCUGUCUUCCGCUCAGAGCUCCUGGAUUAAUUGAAGGAGAUAAUCAUUUCCACUGGGCUAAUUUGGAGGCCAUUUUAAUAGCUGUUGUAGGCUAGAGGAAGCAUUGUUGUCCGGGACUUGGGAGGCUGCCUUUUUUAUCUGUUAAUUUAUUUAUUUGAAGCACAGAGUUGUCAAGAUGAAGGACCGACUGGCGCAGCUGAAGGAGAAGAGUGAUGGAGGCGAUGACAUUGAGAUUCCUGUGGAGAACCAGAAUUUUAUGGAUGAUUUCUUUACUCAGAUCGAAGAUAUCCGCAUCAGCAUUGACAAGAUUGACGAGAGCGUCACAGAAAUCAAAAAACUCUACUCCACCAUCUUGUCGGCCCCCACAUCGGACCAGAAAACACACGAUGACCUUGAAGCCGUCACCAACGAGAUCAAGAAGUCGGCCAACAACGCCAGAAACAAACUGAAGACUAUCGAGCGCCAGCUUGAGUCAAACACAGAUGAGAGGGCCUCAGCCGACCUGAGGAUACGCAAAUCACAGCAUGCUAUCCUGGCCAAGAAGUUCGUAGAGGUGAUGACAAAAUACAACGAGGCUCAAGUUGACUUCAGAGAUAAGAGCAAAGGACGAAUCGCCCGACAGCUGGAGAUCACGGGGAAAGCAACGACUGAUGAGGAGCUGGAGGAGAUGCUGGAGGGAGGCAAUGCAGCUGUCUUCACUGCCGGGAUCAUGGACUCUAAGAUCAACCAGCAGGCCCUGAAUGAGAUCGAGGCUCGUCACAAAGACAUCGUGAGGCUGGAGAGCAGCAUCAAAGAGCUCCAUGACAUGUUUGUUGAUAUCGCCAUGCUGGUUGAGAAUCAGGGUGGCAUGAUCGACAGAAUUGAGAGCAACAUGGACCAGUCAGUGGGCUUUGUAGAGAGGGCUGUGGCCGAUACCAAAAAGGCAGCCAAAUUCCAGCAGGAGGCGCGCAGGAAACAAAUGAUGAUCUUCUGCUGCUGUGUGAUUUUGGCCUUGAUACUCGGUUCCUUUGUCUACAGCUUCUUCAAAUAGAAAGCCUGAACGAGGCCCCCCACCAGCUGAGUCCACAGUGCCAGAUGAGGCAGAGC